ACCAGGUUCCCACCCCAUCGGCGACGCCGACCGUCUCCACCGUCCACGUACAUCAAUGCUCUUGGCCACCGAAACCCAUUGGGCCUGGGUGAGACGCUUGCCAUGCCCGGCCCCAAAGGAACCGCGCGGCAGUGGGCCUCCCGACCGUCAUGGGCCAGUUGCCGUGUCCGCCAAGCAGCCAUGCUCACCAAGUGGCCCUCCUAGCCCGUCCGACUGCCAGCAAACUCGUCUCCCCCGUGGCACCAAGCUCUCGGCGGCUUCCACUGCCCCUACCCGUGUCGACGCCACGAUCCACCACCCACUCGACAACGUGAAUCGUCCCCGGGCCAUUUCUGCCCGCGCCGCGCCUGGGCUCCCGACUGACGAGAGACGACGACCAGCGCCGGUCCGCUGCCCGCCGCCGUCGCGGCGACAACUUCCAAGGACACCACACCACCCCGGCCGAGACCCAUGGAUCAAUGGAUCAACCCAAUCUUGCCUGCUGCCAAGCUUGACCUGCGAACCCCCCGCGCGACCUCGAUUCCUUUUGCCUUGAUGACAUGAUUAGUCCGAGGACCCAGCGCCGCCAAUCCUUUUCUGAACCCCCGGCUGCCCACGUCCUGACGUGUGGAGUCCCAAGAGGUAUCCUGACCCCGGCCUCGACAUCACGGAGUGCCGUCACGCGGCGCCUUCUGGCUUCUGCAGGCUCUUCCUCUCCUCGACUAUUCUCGUCCUCGUCCGCCGACUUGCGAGAGAAGCCUCCAACGCCCCGCGUCGACACCGAAUCAUCUCCAAAGGCGAUUGGGCCUCGCCUCUAUGGAUCCGAUCACGCCCGCGCCCGACAAUUCAUCUGCGCAGCGCCAUGGCGAAACUCUGCAUGGCCACCGCAAUGACAGACCUCUAGCAUCCGACCUGCGCGACGCCUCGCCGCCGCCUUCGAAUCGCUUUGCCUUCACACCAGGGCAGCUGCACACCCUCAUAACCUUCCGGAGCCUCCCGGCUCUCGAUGCUUUCGGCGGUCUGCGAGGCCUCGCGGCCGGACUUCGUACCGACGUUGCUGCCGGCCUCAGCGCCGACGAGACCACUCUUGAUGAUACUGUUGUCUUCGAAGAGGCCGUCGCCGCCGGCCGCGAGGGCCGGACGCCCAAGUUAGAGGCAGCCGAGCCACUGGCCGCGGCGCCCGCCCACCACGCGCUGCGCUUGGGAGAAACCCCGAACCCGCACUUCGUCGACCGGAGGCGCAUUUUUGGAACCAACCAACUGCCGCGGCGCCGGCACAAGUCCUUCCCAAAGCUUAUGUGGAUUGCUUUCAACGACAAGCUCCUGAUCCUGCUUACGAUAUCCGCGACCAUCUCCCUCGCCAUUGGCAUAUAUCAAUCCGUCGGCGAGGCAGGUUCGUCCAACAUUGAGUGGGUAGACGGAGUCACCGUCGUCAUCGCCAUCAUCGUCAUCGUCCUCGCUACCGCCGCCAACGACUGGCAGCAGAACCACAAGUUUGAGAAGCUUAAUGAACGGAAUCAGCAGCGCGAAGUCACCGUCGUGCGUUCGGGCAGGGCCCAAAAGAUUUGGAUACACGAUGUCCUCGUCGGAGACAUCAUGCACAUUGAAGCCGGCGACGUUGUCGCUGUCGACGGCGUCCUCAUCCAAGCCUCCGGCCUCCAUAUCGAUGAGUCGUCUGUAUCGGGAGAGUCAGGCAUGGUCCAGAAGACAGUUCCUGCCGACCACGAUGCCUCGCACGCUUCCCUCGCCGACCCCUUCAUCCUCAGCGGUACCACGGUGAACCGGGGAGUUGGUCGCUACCUCGUCACGUCCAUUGGAGCCAACUCGACGUACGGACGCACGCUCAUUUCUCUGCGUGAGGACGUGCAGGUCACGCCUCUCCAGGAAAAGCUCGGCCGGCUGGGCAAGCAGCUCAUCAUCUUCGGCGCCGCUGCCGGCACAAUCUUCUUCAUCAUCCUUUUCAUCCGUUACCUAACCCGCUUAAAGUACAUGUCCAGCAAGGGCCCGUCUAGCAAGGCCGAAACCUUCUUCCACAUUCUUAUUCUCUCCAUCACGGUCGUCGUCAUUACCGUCCCCGAAGGCCUUGCCCUGAAUGUCUCGGUCGCCUUGGCCUUUGCGACGAAACGAAUGCUCAAGGACAAUAACCUUGUUCGCCUCGUUCGUUCCGUCGAAAUCAUGGGAAACGCGACCUGCGUGUGCUCCGAUAAGACGGGCACUCUGACGCAAAACAAGAUGACAAUAGUGGCCGGCCGCGUGGGCGCCGAGGAUAGCUUCUACGACUUGGAUACGGCUGCUACUGUCGCGGGACAACCCACGUCGGACCCGCUUGCUCCUAGGCCCGCUUCCUCGGUCCAGCUGACCGCCUCGUUGUCCACGGAGGUCAAGGAUUUGAUCAAAGAUAGCAUUGCGCUGAACUCGACUGCCUUUGAGAGCGUCGAGUCUUCUGAUUCCGACUACUUUGGUUCGAGCACUGAGACGGCGCUGCUCAAGUUCAGCCGGGAUCACCUGGGCAUGGGGUUGUUGCGCGUGGAGAGGGCCAACACCCCAAUCGUCACUUUACUGCCCUUUGAGUCGUCGCGGAAGUGGAUGGCUGUUUUGGUCAAGUUGCCGAAUGGCAGAUAUCGCCUUCUCAUCAAAGGCGCCGCCGAAGUCGUUUUCGAAUAUUGCGCUUUCUUGAUCGGUGACCCAACAUAUGUCCUCACAGCCGCACGUCUCACUUCGGACGACAGAGCCAGCUUCAAUGAGACCAUUACCAGCUACGCCAACAACAUGUUGCGACCGGUUGCCAUUGCCUACCGGGACUUCGACGCAUCGGAGAUUUUUGAAAAUCCCGAUGACGACCCGGCCGCGGUAAACCUCGAGUGGCUUGCGUCGGGACUCAUAUUCAUUGGCGUCUUUGGCAUCCGCGACCCCCUCCGUCCCGAGGUCAUACAGUCAGUCCGUAUAUGCCAGGAUGCCGGGGUCUUUGUGCGUAUGGUCACGGGCGACAACUUCCUCACGGCCAAGGCUAUGGCUGCUGAGUGCGGAAUCUUUACCGCCGGCGGCAUUGCCAUGGACGGUCCUACCUUCCGCAAGCUGUCCCCAUCGCAGCUGGAUGCGGUGAUCCCCCGACUUCAGGUGCUGGCGAGGUCGAGCCCAGAGGACAAGCUCUUGCUGGUGACCCACCUUAGGUCCAUGAAGGAGACUGUCGCUGUAACAGGCGACGGAACUAACGAUGCCUUGGCACUCAAGGCUGCAGACGUCGGACUGGCCAUGGGCAUACAGGGUACCGAGGUCGCCAAGGAGGCUGCUUCCAUCAUCCUUCUCGACGACAACUUUGCCUCCAUCGUGAAAGCAUUGAGCUGGGGACGCACUGUCAAUGACGCCGUCAAGAAGUUCUGCCAGUUUCAAUUCACCAUCAACAUCACCGCCGGUACGCUUACGGUGAUUUCGAAGCUUGUUGGCGACUCCAUCUUUGACGUUGUCCAGUUGCUUUGGAUCAACCUCAUCAUGGACAUAUUUGCGUCUCUCGGUCUUGCCACGGAUCAUCCUUCGCCCGAUUUCCUCAAACGCAAGCCGGAACCUCGAAACGCGUCAAUCAUCAGCAUUACGAUGUGGAAGAUGAUUCUUGGACAGGCAAUCUAUCAGCUCGCCGUCGUCUUCACCAUUCACUAUGCCGGUUGGGAUCUCUUUGACGUUGACACCCGGAGUGAGAAGCACAGGCUGCAGACGCUGGUAUUUAACAUCUACGUCUGGAUGCAGUUUUUCAACCAGCACAACUGCCGACGGGUGGACAACAAACUGGACAUUUGGUACCAAGGCGUCUUGACGAACCCAUGGUUCAUUGGCGUGCAAUGCCUGACAGUGGUGGGACAGUUCAUCAUCAUAUUCAAGGGAGGCGAGGCCUUCAACACGGUGCCCCUAACCGGGGCCAAUUGGGGAUGGAGCAUACUCUUUGGUGUCUUGACCAUCCCCCUUGGCGCCCUGAUACGACAGAUCCCCGAUCGAUAUGUACUGGCAAUUUUUCAGCUCUGUAAAGGAGCCUUCCUCUUUGCCACCAAGCCGUUGCGGCCGCUGCUCUGCUGCUGCUCUUGCUUCUCUACACUCCGGGCGCGCAAGCGUCAGAAGUUGAACGGCGACCAGCGACAGGAGAUGACGGCCGUACAGAGUAUGCCCCCAGUGACGAGGGGGACAAUGCAAUCGCAGGUCUCUCAGGACGGGCAGACUACUAUCAGCGACGGCACAGAUGUCGCGGAGAAGACGCCUAAGGUGGUUGAUCUUCAAGGGAUGAUUGAGGCUGCCAAGCUUGGUCGUUCGUUCGGGACGGACAUUUUGGAGCUGCAUCCAAACACCUUGAAGGACGACCCGAUUUUGAGGACCAGGAGCAACGUGAGAAUCCCGCCCAGUCAAGAUGCUGCGCUGCAGAGAUUUAUGGCGCGCGACGACGACGAACCUCGUGGUAGGCGGAGUCGGCGGCGGACGCCAGCCAGAGCAAUUUGGGUAGAACCCACGAGGCCUGAUCGGCUGGCGCAACUCGCGCGUCCUGGUCAGGCCCAAACGCGCGAGAGGCGUGGCUUGACCUGGGAAGGGCUCUUGAGGUCAAAGAGAAGGUGAAGUCCAAGGUACGAUGCAUAUGCUUUCUGCGUCUGGCAUGGGCAAGACUCUUUGCGCGCUCGACAGUUGAGACGAGCACGACUGCAGGCGGAAGAGCGGUGUGACGCCGGGCGAGUUUACUCUGACGACCUCACGAUGCAUAUACUUGAGCACAUAGAGAUAUUUUUAAUUCAUGCAUAUAUGGUCGAAACUUGGUCGACGUUUUGAGGGCGAUAAAGUGCCUGCUUCUGAGCAACGGCAGCCUGACUAGAGUAGAGGCAUGAUGGCCCAGUGGAAAGACGAAACUGUUCGCAGUGCUGCCUGCAAAUCAAAGUUUCCAUCCAUAUCCUGUCAAAAG